UCAGGAGGGAGAUGUCAGAGACUGUAGUCACGCCGCUCCGCCAGUCUGCACUCGCCGCCGGAUGAACGCGCGCGCCCGCCGCCUAGCGGGAAAACUUUACGGCAUGGCGAAACUGUGCGGAAAAUAGAUCGCGACUUGUAAUGACUUUGUUUAAAGGAUUGUAUGUGGAAUUUGUUGUGAAGUGAAAGUUCGAGUGACAUCAUGAAUACUUGGCACUGGAUAAACUGGAGCUGGUGCUGGUAUUUCCUGAUGAGCUGCCCAACUUCGGCCGACAUCUUCACGCUCGGCUACAUCACGGGCUCGGAGAGGCAGGAGGGUGACAACACUUAUUGGAGACUCGGACGAGUCAUUUCAGGUGCAAUUUCAAUGGCAGUUGAUGAAGUGAACGAAAAGCUUCUCGGCCCAAUGAAUCACUCGUUACGGUUCGAAGUCGCAGAAACGUACGGUGACGAAGAAAUUUCCAUCAAGCAGGUGGCGGCGCUGUGGGCAAGAAACGUUUCUGCGUUCAUCGGGCCACAGGAGACCUGCGUUCAUGAAGGGCGGAUGGCUGCUGCAUUUAAUUUGCCUAUGAUUAGUUAUUACUGCCGCGACGUGACCCUGCCUUGCUCCAACAAGCCAAACAACAUGCAAGGGUACUCCACAUUCGUUCGUACGCGGCCCUCUGACACCAGCAUAUCAAGGGCUGUCGUUGACGUUUUGACGCAUUUCAACUUUAUGCAUGUAACCUUUCUUUAUUCAAACGCACUGAACAAAGAUUUCUCCCGACUCGCACAGGCCAUUAUCGCUGCUGUUAAGGAGAGGCAAAUAUCAGUUCGGAAAACUGAAGCAUACAGACAUUCCUACUACUUCGGCAAUAACUAUACUCGCAACCCCUUCUUGGAGAUCGUUCAGGAAACUUACAAAGACACUAGAAUUUAUGUAUUGGUGGGGAAUUACCACGACCACGUUGGACUUUUGAUGGCUUUGGACGCCAUGCAGCUUUUAGACUCUGGUGAAUACGCCGCCAUCGGCGUGGAUGUCGACAUGUACACGAAGGAGCGAGCCCGGCAGUACCUCACGGGCCCCGUGAGCAACGAGCAUCCUCCUCUUCGCAUAUUUCGUUCCUUCCUCUCGGUGGCACCCAGCUCACCUUCGCCUGCCUACCCUAAAUUCGCGGCCGAAGUUAACAGGAGACUUCAGAUGCCACCGUUUAAUUUUGCAAAUCCACUGAUGGGUUUCGGUGGUAAAGUCAUCCCAGAGUACGCGGCGUGGCUACACGACGCAGUGUGGGUAUACGCACGCGCGCUGAAGGCAGCUAUACUCGCCGGCGACAACGUGCGUGACGGCCGUGCGCUCGCCAGGCGGAUGCGGAAUACUACCUACGAGAGCAUCAUGGGGUAUUCUAUUCACAUGGACGAAAGUGGCGAUGCGGAGGGAAAUUACACGCUGCUGUCUGUCGACCCUUCAGAAACGCCUGGCUUGUACCCUCUUGCAGUUCUGCAUAAAUCUGCGCCGGAGGUGAGAUUUUUACGUCCCAUGAGUUGGCCUGGCGGCCACGCGCCGCUUUCAGAGCCUCCUUGCGGGUUCCGUGAUGAAAAAUGCGCUAGUCACGUGGGCGCCUGGACCCUCGGCGCAGCAGGCGGCGCCCUAGCCCUGCUGGCGCUGGCAGCAUUGGCGCUGUACCGCGGCUGGCGCUACGAGCAGGAGCUGGACUCGCUGCUGUGGAAGAUCGAUUUCAGGGACCUCCAUCUGCCCGACAAGGAACAGCGCACCAACAAACUGAAUAGCAGCGCGACCGGCAACGGGAACCCAUCGGUCAUAAUUGCCAACUCUGAGAAGAAUGGCAGUACAGGCGGCGUUCGCUCCAGCCAAGUUUCGCUGAGCUCCAACCCUGACCUGGACUUUCGUUAUUCGGCCAUCUUUACUGAGGUUGCGCUGUACCGUGGACGCCUGCUUGCCGUCAAGAGAAUCCGCAGACACCAUAUCGACAUUACGAGGGAAAUCAAGAAAGAACUUAAAACCAUGCGGGAUCUACAGCACGACAACGUGAAUGGUUUCGUAGGAGCGUGUAUAGAGCCGCCAAACGUAUGUGCGCUCUCGGAAUAUUGUACCCGCGGCAGCCUGAAGGAUAUCCUUGAGAACGAAGAUAUCAAACUGGACAACAUGUUUAUCGCAUCAUUAGUCGGAGAUAUCAUCAGGGGAAUGAUUUUCAUCCACGAGUCACCGCUGCAGUACCACGGGGCACUACGUCCAUCCAACUGUCUAGUGGACGCGCGUUGGGUCGUCAAGCUCGCAGACUUUGGGCUCCAAGCCUUCCGUGCUGGGGAAUUACCACCAACUGAACCGAACGCUAUUAGAUCGCAUAUUGAAAGCCUAGUAUACCUGGCGCCCGAGCUGCUCCGCUCCGCCGGCUGGGGCAGUCCGACGGUAUCGGAGCCGUGCGACGGCUCCCCGGCCGCAGACGUGUACGCGUUUGCGCUGGUGCUGUACGAGAUGCAUACGCGCCGGGGCCCAUUUGGGCCUGAUGCGCCGCCCGCGCCCACGCUGCUGCGCCGCGUCGCGUUAGCGGAAACGGUGCCUUACAGACCACCAGUAGACGUCUUAACGGCUCAGUUCGACUGCUCGCGUGAAUGUUGCGUGGAAUGCUGGGCCGAGGACCCUGCAAUGCGACCCGACUUCAAGGCUAUUAGAACCAAACUGAGACCCCUUCGGAAAGGAAUGAAACCAAAUAUAUUCGACAACAUGAUUGGCAUGAUGGAAAAGUAUGCAAACAAUUUGGAAGUAUUAGUAGAUGAGCGCACUGAUCAGCUACAAGAAGAGAAAAAGAAGACAGAGGCGUUAUUAGAAGAAAUGCUGCCAGUGCCAGUCGCCGACCAGCUGAAGCGCGGGCGCCGCGUCAUGCCCGAAAGCUACGACUCCGUCACGAUCUAUUUCAGCGACAUCGUUGGGUUCACCGCCAUGUCUGCAGAAAGCACGCCUUUACAAGUUGUAGACUUCCUGAACGACCUUUACACAUGUUUUGAUUCAAUCCUAGAGAACUUCGAUGUUUACAAAGUGGAAACUAUUGGCGACGCUUAUAUGGUUGUAUCUGGACUUCCCAUACGUAACGGAAUAAUGCACGCGGGCGAGGUGGCCUCAAUGGCUUUGGCUCUCCUAUCGGCCACACGGUCCUUCAGAGUCCGACACAGGCCCGACCAUAGGCUCUUACUACGAGUUGGAAUACAUUCCGGUCCCGUAUGUGCUGGAGUAGUAGGACUAAAAAUGCCUAGAUAUUGUUUAUUCGGAGACACCGUAAACACAGCGAGUCGUUUCGAAUCAACUGGGGCACCUCUCAAAAUCCACUGUAGCGCAGCAUGUAAAGCAUUGUUGGAUAAACUAGGUGGCUAUAUACUAGAAGAAAGAGGGAUAGUAGCUAUGAAAGGCAAACGCGAUCAGGUGACGUAUUGGCUGAAGGGGGAAGAGACGGAGACGGCCGCGGCGCGCGCGCACCGGCGCGCGCAGGCGGAGGGCAUGCCGCAGCUGGCCGUGGAGAAACGAGGCCAGAGGAGUUCUCUUAAGAACAAGUGCUGGAGGAAUCAAGUUGGAGUGUUACACAGGUGUUGCAGUUUAGAAUCUCCAAAAAAGUUGCGUUUUGCUUCAGGCAAUUUACUAGAAUCGCAUACUGAUAGCGUUUUACACCAUCGGAGUGAUGAAUAUUUAAUGGAGGUGAUAGGCGACGGUCAUUUAACAACAGCGCAACGCGGAGAUUUCUUAGAAGCGCCCAGCCUCCGACACGAGCUAACCAGCGUGUCUUGCCCCAUCAUUGAGCACACAGAGACGCCACAAGCUCCUGUUCCAGCAAAUUAUUGCGCCACCCUACCCCACGAGAACAAACGAACCAAGCCCUGCGAUAUUAAGCUCGUGGUCAACGGGUGCUCGUACAAUGAGAACGAAGCGGGCAUACCGCUGCUCGCGGACGCGUGACUUAAUACAUGUACUUAUUUAUUGCUCGCACUAGUCAUGGGCGAUGCCCUGGGCCUAUAGCAUAGGAUGUUAGAGGCUCUUUUCUGAAUAGCUCUA